CCUCACGAAGCUCUCGACUCUUUUUACUGGGUGAAUGCUAUCAGCGCAUAUCAACGCGGUCAGUACGGCUCCAUCCCUUCGGCAGAGACGACGCUGCUGAGAGGUAGCCCUUGUAAUACGUGCUCUCUCUCUCUCUCCUUCCUUCAUCUCGGACGGAAAUGCUGGUUAACAAGUACCACCGUGUGUUGAGUGCGCGGGCCUCGUUCCGACAGCUGCUAAAUGGCGUUACAACGUGGAAGAGAUGCUUAAGCAGUUCGGUGCCGAGGGAACCAGAAGGGCCGGUACUUACUACGGAAAUACCGGGCCCUCGAUCGCGCAGCUUGCUACAAGAAUUGAAUGCGAUACAACAAGCAUCUUCCGUACAAUUCUUCGCAGACUAUGAAAAAUCCGCCGGUAAUUACAUAACAGACGUUGACGGGAACACGUUGCUGGACGUUUAUAUGCAAAUCUCCUCAAUGCCCCUAGGGUACAAUCAUCCGGCGAUGUUGGAGGCUCUCGCCGAUCCCGUUAAUCAAAGAAUUAUAGCAAACAGACCUGCAUUAGGCGUUUUCCCAGGAAAAGAAUGGCCUAACAGAUUAAAAAAUAUUCUGCUUAAGAAAGAGUUUGCCCCACCUGGAUUAUCGCACAUCACAACGAUGAUGUGCGGUUCUUGUUCCAACGAAAACGCUUUUAAGAAUAUUUUUAUCUGGUACGCUGAGAAACAGCGACAAGGGGCGCCAUUCACGAAGGAGGAGAUGGAAUCGUGCAUGAUAAACCAAAUUCCCGGCUCACCGCGGUAUUCUAUAAUGUCCUUUAAAGGUAGCUUUCAUGGGAGAACUUUGGGUUGUCUCUCGACGACUCACAGCAAGUACAUUCACAAACUGGACAUACCAGCCUUCGACUGGCCUAUCGCCUCCUUUCCAGAGUACAAAUACCCUUUGGAAGAGAACCUGCGAGAAAACAAGCAGGAAGAUAAGCGUUGCCUCGCGGAGGUCGAGGAACUAUUUGAAAAGUACAAGAACGAAAAGAAAAUGCCAGUGGCUGGCGUGAUAAUUGAACCUAUUCAGGCGGAAGGCGGUGAUAAUCACGCGUCGCCAGAAUUUUUCCAGGAACUUCAACGUGUGACACGAAAGCAUGGAGCCGCAUUGCUUAUCGACGAAGUGCAAACAGGUGGUGGACCAACGGGAAAAAUGUGGUGUCACGAGCACUUCAAUUUAGAUACUCCACCCGAUGUGAUGACUUUCAGCAAGAAAAUGCAAUUAGGCGGUUACUAUCAUUCGGAGGAUCUCAAACCGAAAUUGUCGUAUCGUGUGUUUAAUACUUGGAUGGGCGAUCCCAGCAAAGUGAUAUUGCUCGAAGCAAUCUUAGAAACGAUCAAGAGGGAGAAUCUCUUAGAUAGGGUUACGCGCGUCGGCGACUACUUGUUGAAACAUUUGAUGGAUAUGCAAAAGGAGCAUUCCGAUGUGAUCAACGCAGUACGCGGACGUGGAACUUUCAUAGCAUUUAACUGCGCCUCGCCUGAAAAGCGAGACAACAUCAUUAAGAAAUUUGCGGCGAAAGGUAUCCAGACAGGUGGAUGUGGCAGUCGAGCCGUGCGACUAAGGCCUGCGUUGACUUUCACAGAACGCCAUGCUGAUAUAUUUUUGGAUGCGCUUCGUUAUGUAUUGAAAAAUUAAGAGUAAUCUUCUAGUGGUUUCUCGUGUCUUCCAAAUCAGAUGUCUUCCAUUACUCGCGGAGAUAUAUCACAAUUAUGGAGUUUACAAAUAAUCAUUAUUUUUCUAUGGCAGUUA